ACAGCUGCAGGGAAAGCUCUCUUGCAGGUGGACCCUGGGGAGGCUUACUCACAAAGCCGCAUCGGGAAGGCCGUCUUUCCAGAAUCUGGCAAGCCGAGAGGAGGGCAAGGAGAUGGAAGAGAAGGACCCAGAAGGUCCUGAAGAGGACCCAAAAUCAAGCCACAGUCCCCCUCCUGUCCAAGCAGGGAGUGGGGUUGUGUUCUGGGAAAGGGCUGGGCCAGAGAUCUGGGCUAAAGACAUCAUGACCUCAGAUGGACAUUGCCAACACUUCCGGGAAUUUCUCUACCGUGAGGCCGAUGGGCCCCGAGAGGUUUGCAGCCGGCUCCAUGGACUUUGCAGCCAGUGGCUGAAGCCGGAGAGGCACACCAAGAAGCAGAUCCUGGACCUGGUGAUCCUGGAGCAGUUCCUGACUCUCCUGCCCCAGGAAAUGCAGGGCUGGGUCAGAGGAUGUGGGCCGGAGACCAGUUCCCAGGCGGUGGCCCUGGCCGAAGGUUUCCUCCUGAGUCAGGCAGAGGAGAAGAGGCAGGCAGAACAGAUGUGGGAAAGUCAGAGAGUGCAGGCCCAGGAGCGCGCCCAAGAUGAUCUGUCAAGAGGCGGUGAAGAAACAGUAUUGAGCCAUCAAUUUUGUGAAGAUGUGGAAAGAGCUGCUGAACCAACACUCCAGACAACUCCCUUCCAGUGUGAGAGCUCUGAAGAGGAGGGAACUUUCUUUUUCUUCCCGGGACCCUUUUCCUUGGAGGAGGUGUCCGUCUCUUUCACGGAGGCAGAGUGGGCCCUGCUGGAUCCAGGACAAAGAGCUCUGUACAGGGAAGUCAUGCUGGAGAACUGUGGGAACGUGGCCUCUCUGGGUAAGGAUCUUUCCUAGGUGUGAAUGGUGCAAACUGCUGCCACUGGGAGGGUGCAUGACUCAAAACAUUGAACAGCAAUUCGUUGCUUUA